UCUAUUACCACAAAUAUUUGAUGCAUCUGGUAUUCUGGUAGAUGAUGUUAGUCCCAAUGUAUGGAUUGAUAUACUUGCUGCACAACGUGUAUUUGCAGCUGGUAUACGACAUAUUGUUAUCAUGCCAGUAGCAACACAGCAGGCUUUACCAUAUAAUACAACACAAGCAAAAGCCAUCUUACAAGACAAAAAUAUACAUUUGAAACCAUUUGUUUAUAAAUUAGUCAUGAGUUUUGCUACAUGUUUGAAUGAACCGGAAUCAGAUUUACGUUGGUGGGAUAAUAGUGCUGCACAAUUGAUGGUACAAUUACAACAAAAGAAUACUAAACAUGGAUUUUGUACAAAAUUUCUUUCAAAUCAGCAUCUAGAAUUCAUUCUAUCCCCAUUUGCUGGACAAAAUUUUGGCUCUGAAGUUAUCGAUAAUAAAGAUCACUUGACAAAUGUUCAAAUAUGUACAAAGGCAAAUGAUCAAAUAUUUUUAGAAACAUUUCUUACAACAAUUUCUGCGAAACAUUCAUGUCAAUAUUCAAAUAAGUAUAAAGAUCGAUAUGAUAUUGUGUUGCAAAAAAAGCUAUUGAAAAAGUAA